ACUUCUCCACUUAAUACAAAAAAAAUUGACAACCAAAACACACUCAUCUUUCCUCGCAAAAUACUCUCCACCAACACAAAAAAUAGACUGAAAACUAAUUAAAAACUAAAAAAAUGACGAAAGCGUACGACUAUUUAUUUAAAUUGCUCUUAAUCGGCGACUCCGGGGUGGGAAAAACCUGCGUCCUUUUCAGAUUCUCAGAAGAUGCGUUCAACUCGACGUUUAUCUCAACCAUUGGGAUCGACUUCAAAAUCCGCACGAUAGAACUCGACGGGAAGAAGAUCAAAUUGCAGAUUUGGGACACCGCGGGCCAGGAGCGAUUCCGCACCAUAACAACGGCCUAUUACCGCGGCGCCAUGGGGAUCAUGCUCGUUUACGACAUAACGAAUGAAAAGAGCUUUGAAAACAUUAAGAACUGGAUCAGGAACAUUGAGGAGCAUGCCGCCCCCGACGUGCAAAAAAUGAUCCUGGGCAACAAAUGCGACAUGAACGACAAGAGGGCAGUCUCCAAAGAAAGAGGGGAACAGCUCGCCGUGGAGUAUGGCAUCAGAUUCCUGGAAACCUCUGCGAAAGCCUCCUACAACGUUGAAGAGUCCUUUUACAUCCUGUCACGUGACAUAAAAUCGCAUAUCGACAAGAAACUGGAGCAGCAGCAGAGCAAUUCCGGCGGCCGUCAGCAGUUGAACAAUAAUUCCAACAAUGUCGUAUUAAGCAAAGGCGGGGGCAGGGGGGCGGGGGGUUCCAGGGGAUGAAGGGCUGGCUACAGGGCAUGAGGUGCGUCGUUUUGUAGGGUUUACUCUGUUUUUAAUUAACGGGUGGGUGGCGCGCGUAAGGUGGGAGGAAUGAAUCUUUUAUAUUAUAUGAUAAAUUGUUGUUAUGGUUUCGUUAUUAUUAUUAUUCUUAAAUAAAUUUUUUGUGGAUGGAGAAA